ACAGUGUCAUCCGAUUGUUUUGUACUCCUCAAGUAACUUGUAGACAUUUUAUAAUCAGUGUUUUUAAGGCUAUUAUCUGAUCGCUAGCGGAACUUUUUAUUGGUCUCCGAAGUCAGGAAAGACGUCGCAAAAAGUGUCUUUGAGGGGUAAGGUUGAGUACGAAGAUGGAAUCACAUGAGAAAGUAGUCACUACAAUGGAAAUGGCUGAACCCAAGAAACGAGUGAAAGACUUCGACGACCUCCUCCCCCUGGUGGGAGAAUUCGGCUGGUACCAGCGACUAUUGUUCCUCAUGAUGAUACCAUACGCAUUCUUCUUCGCGUUUGUGUACUUUGGACAGAUAUUUAUGACGCUGGUGCCUGAGCAGCAUUGGUGUUAUGUGGAAGAGCUGAGGAACUUGACAGUGGAAGGAAGGCGACAUCUAUCGAUACCUAUUGUAGACGAUAAAUACCACAAAUGCCAAGUGUACGACGCGGAUUGGACGAAAGUAAUUCAAGAUGGCGUCUUUGAGCCCGAUCCAAAAUGGCCGAUAAAGAAUUGUGAGAAACAAUGGGAGUACAAUUUCACCGAUGUACCUUAUGAAACUAUUGCCACGCAGCUGAACUGGGUGUGUGACGAGGACAAUAAGGGAGCGACAGCACAGUCUAUAUUCUUCUGUGGAGCCAUUGUCGGUGGUCUGUUGUUCGGGUGGAUUGCUGACAAAUAUGGGAGAGUUCCAGCGCUGGUCGGGACGAAUAUGAUCGGUUUCGUAGCCGGAGUUGGAACAGCGUUUACCAACUCCUUCUGGUCCUUCUGCUUGUGUCGGUUCUUGGUCGGACUGGCUUAUGACAACUGCUUUAUGGUGAUGUAUAUUGUUGCCAUAGAGUAUGUGGGUCUAAAAUGGCGCACGUUCGUCUCCAACAUGUCCAUUGCUGUCUACUUCACGUUCGCCGCCUGUCUGCUACCUUGGAUAGCUUUGGGAGUGGCAGACUGGCGCAUUUAUACCCUGGUCAUAAGCGUGCCACUGGUAUUGGCUGUUUUUACACCGUGUUUGGUACCGGAAAGCGCUAGAUGGUUAAUAUCUCAAGGACGUAUUGAAGAAUCGAUCAAAAUUCUACAGAAAUGUGGAAAAGUCAACGGAAAGAAGUUGCCAGAUGAUAUAAUCAAGGAAUUCAGAGAAACAGCAGCAGAACUUGCAAAAUCCGAACAAGAGACCAAAAACUAUUCAGCAUUGGAUCUCUUCAAGACCCCCCGUCUCCGUAAACACAGUAUACUGCUUGUUCUGAUCUGGUGCUGUACCGCCAUGGUUUUCGAUGGUCAUGUCAGGAAUGUGGGGUCUUUGGGGCUGGACAUGUUUUUGACGUUCACCGUGGCCACUGCUACUGAGUUUCCUGCUGAUGUUCUACUCAUUUCUGUGUUAGAUAUAUUGGGACGCCGAUGGCUUGCUUUUGGUUCCAUGGUCAUUAGUGGAAUCUUCAGUUUCCUAGCCACAACUGUAGCUCAAGGCAUACCCUCAGCGUCCCUAGCCAUCGUAGGCCGCUUCGCCGUAAACAUAUCGUACAAUAUUGGAAUGCAGUAUGCAGCUGAGUUGCUACCCACAGUAGUGAGAGCCCAGGGCUUAGCUCUCAUACAUAUCAUGGGAUAUGUGGCUACUAUACUGGUGCCAUACAUUGUUUAUAUGGCAACCAUAGCUGUGGAGAUCCCCCUCCUGAUUUUGGGUGCUUUAGGUAUCAUAGGCGGAACUCUAUGCCUCUUCCUGCCAGAGUCCAUGGGAAAAACUAUGCCGCAGACUAUAGAGGAGGGCGAGAAUUAUGGUCGUGAGCAGAAGUUUUGGGACUUCCCUUGCUGUGGCAGUUUUCACAGAAAUUUCGCGAAGCGUCUGUAACUGGUGACCGAAGAG